AUGAAAAACAUUCAUAAAACCUAUUUAUUAGGUAUUGAGGGUGUACCUGCACUUAGAGGUGUUUCAAUGACAAUCAAGAGGGGCGAAUUUAUUUGUAUUUUUGGUACUUCUGGUGGUGGUAAAACAACAAUGUUAAAUAUUAUUGGUACUAUUGAUAAACCAACUAAAGGUGAAAUGAAAUUAUGUGGUAAAUUAAUCAACCAUAAAACAUCAGAUAAAGAUUUAGCAUUUUUAAGAUUAAAAAAUAUUGGUUUUGUAUUUCAAACAUUUAAUUUACUAUCAUCAUUAACAGCAUUGGAAAAUGUAGAAAUGCCAAUGAUUUUAUUGGGAGAAUUAUCAGCAAGUGAGCGUAGGGAAAGAGCAAUUUCAUUAUUAACUAAAGUUGGUAUGAAAGAUCGUUUGGACCAUUUCCCCUCGCAAUUAUCUGGUGGUGAACAGCAAAGAGUAACUAUUGCACGUGCAAUUGCAAACAACCCUGAUGUAUUAUUAUUAGAUGAACCAACUGGUGAUUUAGAUACAGUUAACACAGCUAUUAUUAUGAAAUUAUUAACCGAUUUAAAUAAAAAAGAAAAUAUUACUUUAGUAAUGGUAACCCAUGAUGUUGGAUUAAAAAUGUAUUCAGAUAGAAUUAUAUGGAUGAGAGAUGGUAAAAUUCAAAGAAUCGAAACUGUUCCAGAACAUUCAAAGAAAGAACACUUCCAAAAAUUAUAUAGAGAAAUCGAAUCCAUCAAUCAAAAACAAAAAGAUGGUAUAACUAGUGUAUUUGUUGAAAAUAAUAGUAUUAAUAAAAGGGGCUCAAUGUCUGAAUAUAGAAAACCAACCGAUUAUAAAUCAAUAGCAUCAUAUUCACAUAAAAAGCAACAACAACAACAACAAUACCAACAACAAAAUGAAUCACCAAUAUUUAGUAGUUCAAAUGUAAACAACAUUAUAAAUGCAGAUAUACCAUCCUCUUCAUCGUCAUAUACCAGUAAUUAUAAUAGUAAUAGCCAAACAAGUCUAAAUGCUAUAAAUAUGACCAAUUUUAAUAACAAUAGUAAUAGUAAUAACAGUAACAACAACAAUAAUAACAAUAGACAACCACUUUUAAAAGAUACUGACGUUUAUUUAGAUAUUGUCGAGGUUCCAUCCUCCUCUUCUUCAUCUUCAAAUAAUAAAUCUAUUGAACAAAUUACGAACGAUUUAAGCAAAAUUUUAUAA